CAGUAUACUCACACUUCCCAUUCUACCAUACAAGAGCUUCUUAGUUCUAAGUGUACCUUAUUAUUUUCUCUCUAUAUCGUUAUUAUAGUCAUCAGGAACUGUAGUUGCAGUUCCUUAUGCAGGUUUUUCCUCGGCGCCAAGGAGCACUUUUGUGCUUCUGGUUGUCUGUGUUAUUUCUGGUAGUAGGCUUCUGCUAUGGCGACCACACUACAGUCCAGGUAGUUGGACUCGGAGAAUGCACAGACUGCAAUGCUAAGAAUAUUAAAACUAGCCAGGCUUUCUCAGGACUACGUGCAACAGUAGAGUGCAAAGCAGCAAGUGGGGACUUUGAAAGAAGAGGGGUUGGUGAGCUUGACGAAAAUGGAAACUUCAAAGUGUCCCUUCCACAUGACAUUGUGAAAGCUGAUGAACUCAAAGAAGAAUGCUAUGUUCAGUUACUCAGUGCAUCAGCUGCUCCUUGUCCUUCCCAUGAUGGCCCUUUUAGCACCAAAAUUGUUAUCAAGUCAAAAGGUGUCGAUAAACACAUACUUGGUCCUGCUGGAAAACUCAAGUUUUCUUCAGAGACAUGCGCUUCUGCUUUCUUCUGGAAGCACCACCCUCUCAUUCCUAAGCUUCCUCCUCAUCCACCCAUCACCAUCCCUCCAAUAGUAUUUCCACCGCUUCCACCAAAGAUUUUCCAUAAACAUCCUCCACCUGUGUAUACUCCUCCGCCUGUAUAUACUCCUCCACCUGUAUAUACUCCUCCUCCUGUUGAACCUUCUCCUCCUCCUAAGCCUCCACCCAAGGAGCCUCCAAAACCACCAAAACCAUCCCCCCCAAAGGAGCCUCCUCAUCCAAAACCACCAAAGCCUCAUCCAAAACCACCAAAACCAUGUCCCCCAAAGGAGCCUCCUCACCCAAAACCACCAAAGCCUCAUCCAAAACCACCAAAACCAAGUCCCCCAAAGGAGCCUCCUCAUCCAAAACCACCAAAGCCAUGCCCUCCAAAGGUUAAGCCUCCUCCUCUUCCACCAAAACCACCAAAGCCACCACAGGUCAAGCCUCCUGUUCCACCACCCGUUAAGCCUCUCCCCCCACCGGUUCCAAAGAAGCCAUACCCACCAAAGCAUCCACUUCUUCCUCCACUCAAGCCACAUCCACAUCCACUUCUUCCUCCACUCAAGCCACACCCACUUCCUCCACUCAAGCCACUUCCACCUCUUCCCAAAAUUCCUCCAAAGCACUUUUUCCAUCACCCCAAAUGGCCUCCGGUUCCACCAUCUUCUUCUCAUCCUUAGGCUAUAUCGCAGAGCUAGAUUACUCUUGGGUCUACAAUGCGUGCAUGUGUCUUUUUUUUAAGCGCUUUCCCUGUGAUCGACGAUUGAGGAAGUCUGUUGUUGCAAAUAAAGCCUCCCGAAGGAUAUUGCAUCUGAUGUGAAGAAAACAUCAGCUAGAAAGGAGAAAACAAAUAGAGCGUUUGAUUGAGAAGUUUGAAAUGUUUAUUUGAAUUUGAGUGUGAUAAGUUGCUGUGCUGAAUGAGCAAAGUUAGAGAACCCUAGAUAUUCUAUUUGUCCUUGAAUUAUUAUUUCUGGUGUAGAUAAGUGCAGUGUGAUGGGAUAGUUAAGCCUUCAUUAUGUCAUUUUCAGAGUAUAAGAAUUUAUAUUUACCUAUGAUUAUUUAAUAGUCACAGGCUUUUAAUAUGUUC